AUGAGAUUGCAGCCCUACGGGGCGAAUGCUCAACCAGUGCGUGUAACGAAGCAAUUUCGGUUGUCUAGUGUCGAAUUUAAGACGGCGCAUGGCGGGUUGCUUUUGCGUGGCCUGCGUAUGUGGGUAGACGAAUCUGUAUCUGCUGUGGAGCUUACGCUCGGUGCGCCUAUGAUGAGCAAGCUGGGUUACGACAACAAGGAUUUGUUCGACAACGCGUCCCGUCAUCAAGUAGUCUGGGAUUUUGAUGAUGGCCUGACUGCGACGACGGGUGCGGCGAGGUACCGCUCAAUGCGCGUCGCCGUGGUGGCAGAUGAGAUUGACGACGCCGACAAGCAGAGUUGUGGUGACGUUGCUGCGGUGAGCGAGUUGCAUACGGUUAAAGUGGGCGACACAGCCGCCGAAGGGCUGUGA